ACGUCCUUCAAUGGUCAAGUACUUAUAAGUUCUACGUUUGAGCUCGAGCCCCUCCCACUCCUACGACCUUCUCUCAAAGCGGUACUCAGGCUAGAUACCGCAUACCGACGUUCGCUUCUACCCUGAGUCACCUGGCACUCAUAUUAUACACCCCAUCUACAUCUGCAAAACAUGUAUACUCACCAGAGCAAGGAUACUAGCUGUAGAGCGCUCUCCAGCGACGAAAGCACCCAAAGCAAAAAUCAAAGCCUGCUCUGGGUGCUUUCGCUGCUGGGAAGUGCUCCCAAGUGCUCUGAGCUGCUUUCGGCUAUUUAGCCGAACAUACAGGUUUUGCAGAUGUACUUCAAGAGAUUCUUCGACUUUCUUCGACUUAUACUAUGAUGACUGGCAUCGAGAUUCCGAUUAUUACUGCUGUGUCAACAAAAUUAGCGGCUGUCAUCGAGUCCAAUCGCACUUCGGUUUUAAUCGAAGAGGCCAGAAAGAUUUUGAAUGAUGAACGCAUCAUGAACUUGCUGAGUCUUCUCUAUGAGUUGGAUCCAAAACUGGCCGCAGAGAAUAACAAGCGAUACACAAGAGCACGAGCUAUUUGCAAUAACCUGAACCUAAUGAAAGGUUCUAAAUACAUUCUAAUUCGAUAUAUAAGUGCACGUAGCGCAGCCUCCCUUGCUUUAGAGUACCAAAACUCCGUAGCUGACAAUACUUCGGAUGCCAAGAUCAAACAAGCACGGGAGAACGGGCUGCUCAAACGAGAGCAAAUGAAACACAGCAAGAAAACUAAGCAAAUGAAUACCGAUUCCCUAAGACUGACUCCCCAUUCCGCUCAGAGUCAUCAUUUUGCUAUUGCCAAUAACACGCCUGAAUAUAUCCUUCAAACUCCCGGUGGGGCUGCGUUUGCAUAUCCGCGAGGCACUCCAGAUAAUCCUACGGUCUCCUGCCCAGUGGGUUCGAAACCCAUACUUCCAGAUGGUCUCAAAUUUGGAACUCUCGCAUACUACUAUCAGCCCGUUAUGAUCAGCUUAAGUGCAAAUUCUUCGACGGGUCAAACAGAAGAGGAUGGCCUUGUUCCGAUUGUCGAAAUUAGAGAUCUGCCCAAGUCUUCUCAAUGCGGUUCUGCUGAAGGCUUCCAUCGUAGCCUUCAUAGGCAGAGAUCCACAGACAGUGAAGAACUUGUCGAAGAUGUCAUCCGUAGUGGAUUGCAAGACAUCGCUGAAACAGUUCAUUGUAUCGGCACCUUCAGAACUGCAAACGGAAGCGACAGCGAUGUUGCCAGCAUAGCAACUACUUACCUGAGUUUUGAUGGCGCUGAUACUGAGGGAGGGAGCGUCUCUGACGAGUCCCUGCUCGAUGAUUUUUAAAGAAUGUCUUCGUUCAGCCACUGUAACGUUCUUGCAAUGACUAUUCAAAUGCUCACAUCCUUUUUACUAUUAAAUUUCUGCUGUUUAUUGCUAACUGUAAGCUCUCAUACUGUCUUGAUGUUAAUUAUUGCUCCUGUAGCUACUAUAACGAUAUUGUCCUAUUAUUUAAUUAAUUUGAUGAAAAUCUUGAUAUUGCG